UAUAAAACUCUCGGGGGAAACACAAGCAAGUCACAUACGAUUCAGUUUGAGCUCAAAACGAAACGAAUAACGAAACAAAUAUAUCCAAAAUGGUUUCCAAAAUCGCAUUGGCACUUUGUGUUUUGGUGGCGGUAGCUUCGGCCGUUCCAGCAGCGCCCGGCGGCGCGUGGGGCCCAGCAGCCGGCGGCGUCAACCCCUGGAUCCCACCAUGGAUCUCCGCAGCGCCCUGGUACCCGCAGUGGACACCUUGCACCACCGUAGGCUCCUCUUGCUUGGACUGCAACACCAAACUCGUUUGCACCAAGAUCGGCGGCAUCCAGCGCGCUUGUACUGACCCCACACUUCCUUAUUGUAAUCUUGGCGCGUGCUCAGCCACACCUACCGCUGAAUGCGCCCCUAUCGUCCCCGCUGUACCCGCCGCUGGUGCUGCUUAAGCCAUCAUAAUACCUAAUGGUCCACCCUUAGUCCAACAUUGGUCCAACUUUAGUCCAACUUGGUUCCUACCUUGGUCUAACUUUGUUCCAACCUUGGUCUAACUUUCGUCCAACUUUGGUCCAACCUUGGUCUAACUUUCCAAUCUCAAAUAUCAACUGCCAGUUUUUCCGAUAAAUAACCAGGGAAUGUCAAAUGCUUUUCGAACUUUUUAGAAUCAUUAUAUUUGUAUAAACCAUCAUACUCUUCCUAGUACCUAUAAAUCCUUCCUUCGAAAUAAAUUGUCUUGUUACACUA